GGAGCUGUGAGGGGCUUGAUAUCGGGGGAGGAAGCGGGGUUGACGGCUAAAUAAGAAAAAGCAAACUGCAGUGCUGAACUUAAAUCGGACGCUCUAUCACUUCGCGGGGGAAGAUCAACAACGCCUGUUGUUCGGUCCUGGGACAAUAUACCCCGCUACAGAUGGGGUCCCGGGGUUCGUGGAAAGUCAUGCGAAUACCGCUCUACAUAAUGUGGGAUGUCUCCAUGAGUUGAAUUACAGCAGGCUAUUUCCAUAUGAUUUUGGGUUGUUGAAACGGACAGAAAGUAUGGUUAGCAGAAGGACAUCCCUUACUGUCACGGCGGCAUUGCUUGCCUCGACGGCUGGAGCGCUUGAUAAUGGACUAGCUAUUACGCCGCAAAUGGGCUGGGACAACUGGAAUUCCUUUGGCUGUGAAGUCUCCGAGACGCUGCUGCUCCAGACAGCUCAAUUGAUCGUGGACUACGGGCUCAAGGAUUUGGGCUACCACUAUGUGAUCCUGGACGACUGCUGGAGCCUGGGGCGCAAUGCCAGCAACAACAACUCGCUCAUUGCGGAUCCCGCCAAGUUCCCGCGCGGCAUGGCAGCGGUGGCUGAUGACUUGCACGCCCUCGGCUUGGGCUUUGGCAUGUAUUCCGAUGCGGGCAAAUACACCUGUGGUGGGUAUGCUGGGAGUCUGGGAUAUGAAACUGUUGAUGCGAAUACGUUUGCCAGCUGGGGUGUCGAUUACUUGAAAUAUGAUAAUUGCUUUAAUGAGGGUCAGGCUGGGAACCAACUUAUCAGCUAUACGAGAUAUGCGACGAUGUCCAAGGCCCUCAAUGCUACGGGACGUCCGAUUUUAUACUCGCUUUGCAACUGGGGCGAGGAUUACCCAUGGAACUGGGGGAGUACGAUUGCCAAUAGUUGGAGGAUUUCUGGAGAUGUCUAUGAUUCGUGGGAUAGGCCAGACUCAAGAUGUCCAUGCGAUGGGCCAGAUGCAUGGAACUGUGGAUUGCCGGGCUUCCAUUGCUCAGUGACCAACAUCAUGAACAAAGCAUCGUUUAUCACUUCCAAGGCCCAGCCCGGCGCUUGGAAUGACUUAGAUAUGCUGGAAGUUGGGAAUGGAGCUAUGACAGAUGCAGAAUAUGUUGCCCACUUCAGCUUAUGGGCGGCUGUCAAAAGCCCUCUAAUCCUCGGCAAUGACCUCCGGGUCAUCUCCCCUGCCGAUCUUUCAAUCUUGUCCAACGCAGCUGUUAUUGCAGUAAACCAAGAUCCGAGCGGUAGUUCGGCCGCCAGGAGAUGGAUAUAUACAACUGACGAGACCGACGUCAACGGUCGAGCAGCCAUCCAGAUGUGGAGCGGGAAUCUGGAAUCUACCACUGGAGGUGAGCAAAACGACAUGGUGGUGCUCUUGAUCAACGGCAACAACGCCCGCACAGUAAUGAACGCCACCCUCGCCGACAUCUUCAUCGACAACGGGCCAGCCGGCACCGCACCUCAAGUCAAGAUGCCAUGGGAGGUCCGCGAUCUCUGGGCAAACAGGAUGAGCAACGACGAAGCCCAAGCCAUCAUCUCCAGCUCUUCAGCAACCGCAAACACCACCACGGGAUACAAUGCCACCACGGUAGGAGCAGGAGGACGCUACAACGCAACAAGAACGAGCUAUGCGGAAGGCUUGGCGAGGAAAAACUCUCUGCUGCUCGGGAACAUCGAGACUACGGUCCAGCCCUCGGGAACUCUCACCGCGACCGUUGACCCGCACGGCGCUGCGAUGUUCAGAUUACGAGCUGUGUCUACGGGAACGGCGAAGAGGGAUGAAUUGUAA